GAUGUUGAUCAGGCCCCAGAUUCUUCAUCUUACGUAGUGACGUGAACAGUUUCCUGCGUAUGCCGCGUGUUCAUUUACCAUCUACAAAUGAUACAAGGCAUCGCAUUUAUCUAACAGAUGGCUGGUGUUAUUUUCCUGCUACCGAGCCUACUGAUGACUGCACCUCCCGCUGUAGAGAGUGUUCUCAGCCCUCAAGUGAAGUAGAUGACUUCAGUGGAGUCUCCAGAGAAUAGCAGCGUCAGCGACGCAAGCUUGAGGCAGGUUUUCAUCGCCCUUCAUAUAGCGGGAGGUCAAAUUGGACUCCCUAUUCUCAUUCUCACUUGGGCUGUCUUCAAAAGCGUCGUCCGCCAUCCUACACUAGUCAAUCUCUGGAUUACAUUUGUCAUAUACUCUGUAUCAUAUUGCAUACUAUUAUACAGCGGCCAAGUUGAAUCAAUCAUCGCUUUAUCAAGCAAUGUGUGUCUGGUCCAAGCAGCUAUGAUACAUGGAGCGCCGUCUAUGUCGGCCAUAGCAGGACUUGUAGUUGUUUUCCAGAUCUGGCAAACAUUCCAAGAACCCUCCUCGAGUAACACGACCAACCGACCACAUAGCGUUAAGAUCUUUCUGGUGCUACCUUAUCUCGUGUUCCUCGUUUUUGCAUUGAUGGCUGGCAUCCUCGGAAAACUUUACCCCGAGCACAUCUACACUCCCAAUGGUCUUUAUUGUUCACUCAGUAAUGUGGGCCUUAGUCGCUACGUCGUUCCGACCUUCUGUGUCACAGUGUUGGCAGUGCUGGUCGUGCUUGAAGUGACAUUGGUCGUGAGAUACUAUAAGAUGUGGACGCUUAUAUCAAGAACAUUUCCAUUAGCAUCACGGAGAACAUCGCCAUCCCUCUUGUUACGGGUGCUUCUAUUCAACGUAUAUUCUGUUGUCAUAUUCAGUGUAGCAGUGCUCUUCUUGUCUGAUUUUAGCAAUCACUGGCCAUACAUGAUGGAGGCAUCCAUUCCCCUUACAGCCGUAGUGGUUUUUGGAUCUCAAGCUGACUUGUUCCGAGCUUGGUGUUUCUGGAGACCACAACCGCCAGUGAACACUUCUUCCCAAAAUCUUUUGAGCUAUGGAUCUAGUAAUCUUCGCCUUACACAGACUCACAGUCCUACUUGUACUUCUUCUGAACCAGUGUUGCCGCUAGAAAGCGUAUAAUCUUAUGCUGGUAUAUGAAAUCUGAGACGCAAGGAGGAUGUUCGAUAUCAUCAAGUAUCCCGACCACACAAUCCGUCCUUCAUUCGAAAGUCUGAUACAGAUGAAGAAACCGUGAUAGAGUCCGAGAAUUAAGCACCUCCGCUGCAAAAUAGCGGUCAGUGCAUAUAAGAGAAGGAUGCAGUGAACAUACACAAGGAUAUUGUUGCUAAAAAGGUUUGUAAAUAGGGAGAACGGGCCAACGAGGAAAGGCA